CACCAACAUGGCGCCGGGGAAGAGACGUGAGAAGGACAGGAUGUCUGUUCUAGCCGGCGCCGGAAGUGUACCCGCCGCCAAUUUGAGUUCGGUAUGUUGUGUGUAAGUAGGAUAGUGAGGGGGAUUAUGUAGGAGGAAAUCUGAGCUGCUGGGUUGGGAAUGCUGUAUGGGUGGAAGUAGGAGACAUUGCAAGCUGUCUAGAUAGCUGCUGUGCUGCAGAGGAUGGUGUCCAGUGUUUCUGUCUCCAGCUGAUCCCCCUCUCACUCAGGAUAUGUCAAACUGCACUGCAGAGGUGAGUUUUGUCACUGGAUGGGCCUGUACUUCUAUAGGAAAAUAUGUAGUUUGCACCAGGUUUGGAGACAGACAAUUUUUAUUUAUUGGGUUCCCAAAGCCAUUUUUUGUUUUUAACAAAGAUAUUUAAAAAUCUAUUUAGUAGCAAGCUUAUGUCACAUACAGUAUAAAUUGUUUCCAUAUUAAAAAGUAUUAAUUGACACAUAAUUUUGUUCAUUCUCACUGAAUGCUGAAUGGUGUAUUCAACUUUUCUUAUGUUACCAAGAGGGAAUCUACUUUCGGAAAAGUGUUAUUAACUACUGAAAAAUAUUAUGUUACUAGAGCAAUAAAAUGACUUUACUUUGAGUACUAAUGGAAUUAAACUAUACGUUUUGUUUCUUCUUUUACAAGACUUCAGUUUAGAAAAGGAUAGAGGUCCUUAAUUCUAGUACUGUAAACUAAACCAGAAUAUUAAUAUUAAAACAUAUCUAUAAGUUGAUACAGGCUAUAUUCAUGUUUGAAAAUGGAUGAGAGAACAGGUUUUAAGAGAUUGUGCAUCCAUCUUUUAAUUUAUUUAACAUUUUCUGUUUCUUUCACGCUGUACUGCUACUUUUCAAGAGAAUUCCACUUGGUAUUUUUUUUUAAUUUUUUUUUUUUUUUUAUACAUUUGAAUUCAUAGAAAAUAUUCUAAUAUACAAUUUAGUACCUUAGGUAGAGUCAUGUAUGUUUAGUGUUUAUGUGCUACAUCUAAGCUAUCAGGCUGUAGUCGUUCCCCUUUUAAACUUUUUUUUUUUAUUAUUAUUUUUAUGAAUAACAGGGUUUUUCACUAAAGGGAGAAUUGCUUAGAAUUUAUUGCGAAUUUAAUGAUUCAGGGCAUUAUAUCUGAAUUAGUGAAAUUCUCCAAAUCGGUUCUCUCUUCAGUUUGGCUGUUUUGGCCUACAAUUUUAAAUUCACUAUGAUUUCCAAGCAAUUCUCAUUUUACAACUGUUAGUGUCCUCUAUCACUUUAUUGUGCUAACUGGAAAUCAUUAUUGCCAAAUUGGUGGUUCUGGCUUGUUAAGAUAGAAUACCCCUUUGUGACUAGACCUUGCCAGAACUCUAGCAUUAGCUAUGCAUUCCAUAGAAACCGUUUUUUUUUUUUUUGUCUCUCUCUAAUUUUGUAGGUGCCACUCUGGUACUGUCGUAAGAGUCUACUAAAUAUGUGUGAUCUUUUCAUACAGGUGCAGAGUGGGGGUGAAACAGAGAGGUUCUUCACAAUUAACCCCACUGAGCUUUCAGAUGAGAUUCUUUUGCACAUCCUGAGUUAUGUCCCAAGUACAGAUCUCAUCCUUAACGUCAAGAAGACAUGUCGCAAAUUUGCAGGUCUUUGUCUUGAUAAGAGUCUGACCCAGAAAGUAAAUCUCCAUAAAGUUUACCAGGUUGGUAUUCGUAAAGAUUUAAGUAGUUGGUUAGAAUUGUAUUUGUCCAGAACCUCAUCACAUUGAGGUCUCUUCCCUUAAUUCAUAACUUACUCCGUGUUUCCUUACUGCAUAUUCAGGUUAAGGAUGAGGAGGUGAAACAGAUGCUCAAAGAGAUUGGCAAGGAGAUAUGUGAACUGGACAUAAGUGGCUGCUACUGGUUAUCCUCCCCUACUGUGGACCUUAUAACACGAUGCAGGAGACUUGUAAGGCUUGAUAUGUCUGGAUGCUCUUUAACGUCCCUAAGGUUAUCACAUCUUCUCUCUAACCUUGUAAACCUACGUUCUUUAGCCAUUGAUGUUAGUUCAGGAUUUGACGCUGGACAGCUGAGUAGUGAGUGCAAAGCAACAUUAAGUCGACUACGUGAACUGAAACAGACUAUCUUUUCUCCCUCCUAUGGAGUCGUGCCCUGCUGUACUAGCCUUGAAAAACUGCUACUAUUUUUUGAAGUACUGGAUCGGACACGUGAAGGGAUGUUGAUGUCUGGUCAACUAAUGGUGGGAGAAAGCAACAUUCCUCAUUAUCAAAACCUGCGUCUUUUCUAUGCUCGACUUGCCCCAGGGUAUAUAAAUGAGGAGGUGGUCAGAUUGUAUCUGGCUGUCCUAAGUGAUAGAACUCCUGAAAACUUACGAGCUUUUCUUAUUUCUGUUCCAGGCAUCUUACCAGAAAGUCGAGCAACCAUAAACCUUCUACAUUCUAUGGCAAAGAAUGUGGCAUUGGAAGCAUUUCAGUUGCCAAAGUCUUGGCUGAAUGGGACCUCAUUGCUUCAGCAAAUGAAUUUCAGCAACCCUUCCUACUUCAGUUUUAGCCGCUGCAUGAUAUCUGGAGGGCAGCUAACCCAAAGGAUUAUAAACGGUGGUAAGGAUUGUAAGAGCUUGGUCAGUCUAAAUGUGCGAGGCUGUCCUUUUUUCUUCAGCAGUGACAUUCCCCUGCGUAAGCCAGAAGAUGAUAUAGAUAUUACUAUAUUGAAGACUCUAAUAACUGCCUGCCCAAAUCUUACACAUUUGAAUUUCUCGUCUGCACACCACCAUAGCUCAGAAAGCAAAGGGAAACACCUAUGUGAGAUUCUUGCAAAGCUUCAGCACUUACGGUCACUUUCAUUACCUGUGUGUUCCAUUGCCGAUACAGUUACAACUACAGAAAAGUCUAAUUCUCCAGGUGCAUCAUAUUCUUCUAACCCUGCUCCACUUGGGUUUGGGAAGAAGGUCCGGAUUGGAGUUCAGACAUAUCCACGAACCCAAAAUGACCAAGACAAUGCCCCAACCUCUGUUUUCUGGAGACUUCUAAAACAGUUGUCACUUCUAGAACACUUGGAAUUAAUUGGUUCCAACUUUUACUCAGUAAUGCCUAGAAAUGAUCCAGCAAUACGCAACACAUACCCACCUUGUAAGCGUUCUCAUAGUGUGGGAGAUGCUGAGUUGGCUGCAGUCAGCCAAGUAGUUUUUUUGCAGAGUUUAACACUGGCACAGUUGCCUGGCAUUCUCCUAGGCUCCAGUCUCGUGAGCAUUGGUAUGAAGUGUCAGCAGCUGCACUCACUAUCAUUGGCAAAUCUUGGGAUGAUGGGGAAGGUGGUUUAUAUAUCCUCACUGUGUGAGAUGUUGAAACACUGCAGACAUCUGAGGGACCUUAGGUAAGAGAUUGAAACUGUGUAUAAAGUAUCCUCUGGCCCAGUUCUCAUUCAUUAUAUUUUAGCCCUUUCUGGUAGAGUUUAUGUCUAGGUGGUAACAAAGGAUAGUGCUCUCUAAAGUAGUGGUUCCCAACACAAUCAUUAAGGCUUACCAAUAGUCCAGCAUUAAUGAAUUUCCCAUUUCUUCUUCAGUAUUCUCCUGGAUUCAAUAACAUUUAAAUCACAACAACUAAGUAAAAUUUACACCCAUUCCAUAUUUAUAUAAUGUAUUAAAAAGAAAUGCAAAAAAAUGUCUUUUCACGAGGCACACAUUUAAAGUUACGCGUGCAGCACUGUUUGGUUUUCCAUAAGCAGACUCCAUUCUAUCUGAAGGGCUUUUGAUUCCAUAAACCACGUACCCAGGAGUAGUUUAUAGGAUAAGUAGUUUUUCCUAUGACCAGUCCCACUGUUAUUUAGGUCAAGUGGAUCUGCUGUGUAAACUGAGAGCAGCCAUACCAUCAAUUUACACUUAGUUAAAUUACAAUCGCUUUUGUCCAUUCAGAAGAAUUGUGGACCUACAGUGCAUCCAGUAAUUAUCUUUGGGAAGAAUUUAGUGUUUUUUGUAGAGACGUAGUAGACAAACAGCCAGCAUCUGAUUCUAGUAUACUUUACAUGCUGACACCAGAUGUUAAAUUGAUUCAAUUAUUGAAUAAUUUUUUGUCGGAAGACCCUAGUGCGUAUCUGUCUGACAGACCCUAGGAACUUGCAGUGUAAACAGUGCCAUAAACAUUUCCAUUUGACAAAGUGGUUUUGUUGCAUUAAUAUUCUACAAAUAGAGUUUAUGAAAUAGUCUGCUGACUGUCUUAUCAUUUAAUCUAACACAGAGAUAACAAUCAUAGAAUCACACCUUAUCAUGGCAUAUAAUAUUCUGGCCAUUUGAGGGUUGCUUGUACUAAACUCAAAUUAUAUUGUUCACAUUUUCUCAUUUCAUUGAAAUUACCUCUACUUCUGCAUUGCCCUGUUAGUGCCUACCUGUGUUUCUUUUUACAUGACAUUACUGUCUCAGUAAAGUUAGAUGUUAUAUGGCAUGCCCAUGUUUCUUUUGGUUUGUGUUUGACAGGCUCGAGCAGCCAUAUUUUUCAGCCAACAGCCAGUUCUUCCAGGCUUUACGACACUGUUCAUCCCUGCAGCGUGUGUGCAUUGUUUCUCGGAAUGGAAGGUUUGAAGCGGAUGCAGUGAUGUCAUUUGUCAGUGAUUGCCUUGAACUUAUCAUGUGCCACAUGUUCACUGGUGAGACUCUGACAGCAUGUAGGAGCCUGCAGCAAAGCAUUAUACAACGGUAUGUUCAGGAUCAAAUAUAUUUGAUAUAGUGAUCAUGAUCAGUGUAGCUUGUUUUAGUGUUUAUGAUGAGCCUUGGUGUGGAUUCACCUGGUUUUCUGCUAAACUUUGAGUGAGCCGUUCCAGCACCUCUUGUACCACUUUAAUUAUGUUAAAGUUACACUUCUGCAUUAAAUGUCCAUAGACAUUUAACUUUGUACAGCAAUAACAGGCUGAGAUCACUGAGUUUUCCUGUCUCAUGGGAAGACCGAAAACCAUUGGAAGACACCCAAUGACUCAUAUCAACAUGGCCAGUGGCGUACACACGAUCCAUGGAGCCCCGGUGCGAAAAUUGAUCCAUGCCCCCCCUCCCCCACCCCGGCGCUUACUCUGCGUGGGGCGGGGCUGCUACACAUGCGACCGCGGUAUGUACGCCAGUGCAUGCAGAUACACAUACACUUAAAGGACCACUAUAGGCACUCAGAUCACUUCAGUUCAAUGAAGUGGUCUGGGUGCCAGGUCCCUCUAGUUUUAACCCUGCAGCUGAAAACAUAGCAGUUUCAGAGAAACUGCAAUGUUUUGCUGAGGGUUAAUUCAGCCUCUUGUAGCUGUCUCACUGACAGCCGCUUGAGGCGCUUUCGCGAUUCUCACUGUGAAAAUCACAGUGAGAAGACGCUGGACGUCCAUAGGAAUGCAUUGAGUAAUGCUUUCUUAUGGAUGGUUUGAAUGCGCGCGCGGCUCUUGUCGCACAUGCGCAUUCGGAGUUGAGAGGUGGAUCGGGGCGGAGAGAUCCCCAGCACCAAAGGAGCCCGGCGCUGGAGUAAGGUAAGUGCUGAAGGGGUUUUAACCAAACACACAUACACACUAGCUAACAGACACACACUCAGUGACAGACAUACAUACACUCUCACUGACAGACACCAAACAGACACACACAAACUAACACUCAGUAGCAGACACACACAGUAACACACUCACUGACACACACACACUCUGACACUCAACACACACACAAACUAACACACUAACUGACACUCACUAGCAGACAGACACAAACUAACACACUCAGUAACAGACACACACCGUAACAGACUCACUGACACACACAUACACACUCACAUUUUUUUUUAUUUUUUUUUAUUUUAAUCCCCUAGCCUCCCUACCUUUGGGAGUGCUGAGAGGAUUCUAGAUUUCCCUGGGGUCCAGUGGGGCUGCUGGGCGGCUGGUCCUGGAGGGCCAGGCCCGGUCGCAGCUUCGACCCCCGAGACCGCGCUAUGUACGCCAGUGACCAUGGCCACUCAGUAGUUGUCAUGCUUAGAUGGCUACUUUAAAGUGUCCAUGCUAUUAAACUGUGAGAUAAUCAUUUGGUAUCUGUUUUAUUAGAGACACAUUAUAAGAAAAGCUGAGGCUGCAUUAAUGGGGCACUCAGUGCACCAUAACCACUACUACUUGUUGUGGCUAUGAUGCGGUGCCUCAAUGGAUUUGUGCACCCAAAUCCCAUAGCCACUGCUUAGAAAGUGAUAAUGAGAUAGUUUCACUUCCUCAAUGCUUGUACAGGUUAGCGUUGUAUCAUGGCUUACCUCUUUUGAUUUGGUGCCAUUGAUGUAUCUGUCAAAACAAAGUGUGUUUAAAAUUUUUUUACAAAAAAUACACAUACAGAAUCUGCUUUGUUGAAAAGUAAUCUAUAAACUUCUCUUUCAUGCUGUAUGCAUAGAUGGCACAUAAAUGAGAAAACAAUGUGUUAGCAAUCUUUUUCAGAAUAAUAAUUCAUAAAUAUAAUAUAAAUUAUAUAUAAGAAGUUUUUCAAUACAUGACAUUUUGCCUUUUCUUUACUCCUAAACAUUUAUACAGAGUCCUCUACUUUAAAACAUUGCUACUCAAUAGCUAUCAUGUUCCAUAUUUACUGUCCCCAAAUCAAAAUUCAAUACCUUACUGCAACCGUACUGUUCCAUUUCUUCAAUUUAUUGUCCUAUUACCCUUGUUGUUCAUAACACAGCAGUCAUAUUGCAGCAUAUAAUAUUUGAGUUAUGUUUCUUUAAAAUGGUUUAUAAAAAAAAUCUUCAAUAAAUACCAUUUACCAAAAUUAAAAAGGGGGUUUCAGCACUAGUUUUAUGUAUCCCUUUAAAAUAAAGGUUUAGUAACAGAUAUCAUUGCAAAUUUAAAAAAAAGGUUAUUUAGGGCAAACCGUUUAGUGUUGUGUUUUUUUUAAAGUUUUUUGGGGUUUUUUUUUGUUAAUGAAAUUUUGUUAUAUAGGAGCACUGAAAUAUUAGUAAUGCAAGCCUGUGCUGAUAUCCUAUUUAGAGUUAUAAAAAUCCACAGACAACAGUAGAUAAUCUGUAUUCCAAAUUUAAGGUCCUGGAAGCAAACAGAACUGGUCCAAGCAGCAUAGAAACAGAAAUGCAUUAUCUUAUUUCAUACAUGUGGGGAGCUUUAUACGUCUUAAUGCAGAGCAUGAUUGCAGGACCAUUAAAGAUGACAGCUACUGGUGGCACUCUUAAGUAAAUCCUGCCUAUUCUGAGAAAAUACAGUGUUUAUAGCACAGGGAUUGCAAAGACAGUCUCUUUGCAUCUGAACCACUACAUUAAGCUGAGUGGAAUGUUUCAUAUUUGCUGUUUGCAACGGAUCACUUCAUGAAAUAUUGGAAAAGUAGCUGAUCACUCGGCGUUCCAAUUAAUACAGAUUUCUGUAUUUUACUGGGCAGAAAACACAAACAAACUAAAAAUCUAAAUAAUAGUGAUGUUCAUUAGGUUGGCAAAGUACCAUGACUCUCCUCUUUUGUUCCCAGUUUUCAGCCAGAGCGACCAGCACUGAAUGUUGUCAUCUUUCCUCUGUUGCAUGAAAGCUUGGCAGAUGUGAUCCGAGAUGUACCCCUGAUGCAUUUGGAUGAAAUCACGCUAUUUAAGAGCAGGGUGGCAGAGGAGCCUCCAAAACUGUGGUGAUUUUGCCUUGGAAUGUUCGCUUAAGAUAUUGAUGAAGCAAAUUUGAGAUGCAUGGAAAAGCGGUCUAAAAAAAUUGCAAAACACUUUCAUUUCCCCUGUGGUCACCCUAUAGGUAAAACAGAAUGAUGGAAUUGAAAACUACACACUAUCUUUAAAACUUAAAUUGUUUUUGCUAGAAUUUAUUUGUCUAACCAGGUUGUCCAAUUCUAAUAAGCAGCAAAGGAAAAUACAGUCCUAAAGAAGAAAAAAAUCACAUUUAGGCCUAUAGAAUAUCUUGUUAAUACUGUAAUGAGCACUGUAAAAAAAAAAAAACUACGCUAUUUUGAUUUCUGGCAAAUAUUGUUUUUGACAUGCUACAGUUGAUAAAAUGGUUUUCAAUUAACUGAUAAAAAGGGGCUUAAAGGGACACUCCAGGCACGAUUUUAUAAGAUUUUUUUUUUUUAAUGUGUUAUAUAGGUCAGUAGUUCAUAAACCUUUCAUUGUGAUAUUGAUAAAGACUGGGGUGUGAACAACUUGCCGAUAUAAUGCUUUAACAUACAGGUAUUUGAAGAAUAUAUAUAUGUAUUCCUAUUACGAAGAAUAGAUGACAAAGUACUGCAUAUGUACUUACUAUAUUGUUGCAAAUGUGCAGUACUUUUCAAUAACUCCCAUUUGUGCAACUGUAUUUCUAAUGCCAUUUUCUUUCUUGUGGGAAAACACCACACAUGCAUUUAAUUUUUAACUGCUAUUCUUUUUUUUCUUUUUUUCCCACAGUCCUUUUCACAUUAUUUUGGAACCAUAUGAGCAUGUAGAAAAAGACAUGCCAAUAUAUUUCAUUAAUAUAUGUGAUGUAUAUUUAUCUGAUCUUUAGGAAUUCACCAAAUUCAGAAUUAUAGCAAAUUUAAAUCUGCAUGAAAAAGAAGAGUUGUGACCAUAGUUGAGAUGGAGAGGUUUUCUGGAUAAACUAAUUUAGCCUUAAUUUACAAUUCUGAUUUUAAAUUACUACAAUUCAGAGUUUAGUGACCAAACCCUGUGACACAGUGCAGAGAUUGCAAUCGACCAGGAAGAUAAAAUGGGUAAUACUUAUGUUGUGCGUGGACAGCACAUUGAAAGCAUUAAACAAGUACAUGUUCGUAGACAUCUCAUUUAUGGUUUUACUAUUCUUAUAUUCUUAUAUUGCUCAUCUAACCCUGAAUAAAUAGGUAAGAACAUCUACCCUGAGUUGGAAGAUUGUCUAGAGUGCUCACGCACAGCAUUAUAUUCUGAAAAAACUGUCAUUAAGUGCGUUGUCUGUUGUUUGUGCUAAAUAAACGUGUGUAAAUUUAGAGCUGUGCUUUAUUUACUCUUUCAUGUAUUUGCCAUAGCAUGUUUAGUUCAAGCAGAUAAGAACAUUUUCGUUCCUGUGAUCAGUGGUGUAUUUUGGAUUUGUGCUGCCCUAGGCAUGCCGAAAUUCGGGCACGCCCCUUAUCUAAAUGUGCCCCACCCCUUUCUGUCUAGGCCACAUUCUCCCCCAGAUAGAUAUGCAGUCCUACACUGACAUACCUG